AUGCGGUAUACUCCAUUGGAGGACUCCUCCCGGGAAGAGGGUGCCCCUCGGUACUGUUGUGGUUCUUUGUGCAAUCCCCGAAGUCAUGUUCAUCGUUAUGGGAUGCUGUUUUUUAUCUGCCUUAUGUCCUUUGGUAGCUAUUAUUGCUUCGACAAUCCCGCCGCCUUACAAGACGCCUUUUUAAUGGAUCUCCAUCUCACUAUGACUCAGUUUAUGAAUCUAUACGCAUUUUACUCUUGGCCAAAUGUCAUUCUUAGCCUCGUUGGUGGUUUUUUUAUCGAUCGUGUCAUUGGUAUUCGCUGGGGCGCCAUAUUUUUUGCCUCCACCAUUUUCGUUGGUCAAUGCCUUUUUGCCCUGGGAGCUUUUGUUUCCAGCAUCUAUUUGAUGUAUUUCUCUCGACUUAUCUACGGAAUUGGCGGCGAGUCCUUGUCAGUGGCGCAAAAUGCCUACGCUACCGCCUGGUACACCUCGAGUGAGUUAAAUUUUGUCUUCGGGCUUUCUCUCAGCAUGGCCCGAAUCGGUUCCACCAUCAAUAUGAACACAAUGCGUCCGCUUUACAAAGCUCUCGGUUCAACUUUUCACAUAACUGGCAGUGAGCAAAUGGGUCUAACUUUGUUUGUCGCCUCAGUAACUUGCCUCUUUUCGAUUGGAUGCACGAUUGCACUGGCAUACUUUUAUAAACGGUACUUGAAGGCCCAAUCCGCUGUUGCUAUUCGACCUCCACAAUCUCAGCCACCUUCGUACAAUUCGAUUGACGAGACACCACAACCCUCGGAGACAAUUGUUCAGCCCACUGUUCAGGUGGAAGAGGAGGAGGAUCGGAUCAAAUUGAGGGAUAUCCUUCACUUCCCUGCACCAAUUUGGCUUAUCUGCAUCAUCUGCGUCGCCUACUACGUGACUGUGUUCCCCUUCAUCAGUCUUGGGCUGGUUUUCUUCAAGCGCAAGUACGGCCUUGAAGCCUCUGAAGCCGCAGCAGUGAACAGCCUGGUCUUCGUGGUGUCUGCAGUAGCCAGCCCAUUAGUCGGUGCAAUGGUGGCUUGGAUUGGCUACAGCCUGAUUUGGGUUACCUCGGGCGUCGCAUUGUCCGUCAUCUGCCAUGGUGUCUUUGCUUUCGUCUCCACAGGUCUUCCUCCAGCUGUGACUAUGUGUUGCCUAGGCUUAAGUUACUCCGUCCUUGCCAGCAGUCUCUGGCCUCUUGUCGGUGCUGUGUUGCCACAGUAUCAGCGUGCAACUGCAUAUGGCCUCAUCCAGUCCGUUCAAAACCUCGGUCUUGGACUCAUCUCUCUCCUCGCUGGCUAUAUCGCCGAUACUAAGGGAUAUCUAAUGUUAGAACUUUUCUUUAUCCUCUGUGCAUCGGUUGCAUUGUUGGCAGCGAUGGUGCUGAUGUUGUGGGACCUUCGGAAUGGACGCAAUCUGAACGCACCUUCUACAAGAUGUCGACGAAGAAAGGUUGUCACCUCGCCAGUGGUGUCGCCUGUUCCUACGGAUACCACACCGCUUCUGGGAUGA